AUGCCGCUUUUUCAGUCCGAAGACUCAGAUUUCGACGUGGACGAAGGCCAGACGUACGCGGAGCUCUGGAUGGGGACGCAUCCGAACGGCCCGAGUCGUGUCAUGCGCGACGGGCACGAGGGCACCGACGAGCUGCAAGGGCACAACUACGAGUACAGUCGGUACCAUAUCGCGCAGCGGAGACCGAAACAACCCCGUUUCGUUACUUCCCCGGAGGAUAGGUUGUACAGAUCAGCAGAGGGCCCCGGAAUGUUUCUGAUCGAGCUGCUGGAGACUUACCCGCAAUAUCUGGGAGACCAGGAGCAUGUGGGAGACCUCCCCUUCAUGUUCAAGGUCCUUUCCAUCAACAAGGCGCUUUCGAUCCAGGCCCAUCCCGAUAAGAAGCUCGCGGAGCGCCUGUACGCGACGCGGCCCGACCUGUACAAGGACGACAACCACAAGCCCGAGAUGGCCGUGGCGCUAUCGGACUUCGAGGGGCUCUGCGGCUUUCGACCCUUCCGAGAGAUUGGCAAGUAUGUGUACAGCCUCGAGAUCUACCCGGAGCUUCGCGCCAUGGUCGGGGCCGAAGCAACCGCCCAGGCGUUCGCGUGCAAUUCCGGCGUUAGGGAGCACGAAGAGAACGCCCUGAGAGUCCUGUUUCGAGGCUUGGUGACGGCAAACACCGACGUUGUGACCGCACAGGUGAAUAACCUAGUGGAGAGAUUGAAGAGCGAGUUCCGCCACGGCCGGGCCGAAAAGCUUUGCACCGAGUCCAACAGAAGCAACAGCAAUGGCGGAUUACACGUGGUUGACGUCAACUACAACGGGCCCGGACAUUCCCGCGGCGGCGGCGGCGGCGGCGGCGGCGGCGGCGGCAGCAGCAGCAUUGACAACGCCGACGAUGAGCUGUCAACCUGGCGAGGAAAGAGUGACUCCUUCGCUGACAGAGUCUCGAGCAGUGACCCCGUGCGGCAUAGAAACUUUGGUGCUAUUUGCGAGGACGGGGAGGACAGCGACAUGGUUGCGGCAGAGAUACAGCAAGAAGGGGUGCUGCGCGUUGCGAGUGAUGGACCAGACGGAGACUGCAGCGGCCUUGAGAAAGCGGAGAUGGGCAUCGUGCACGUGAGGGGAGACGGAGACAGUGAGAACCUCAAGAACCAACAGAUGCAGAUGCUGCACGUGGUGGACGGUGGAAGCGACGGCACCGCGGACACGGCGGAUGAGGUCACCGAUAACGAAGAUAUGCACACCGAGGAGGACGAUUCGAGCCAAUCCCACCGUCACCCCCGCACCAACGGUCAUGACCGAGCACGCAACUCGAGCUCCAGCAACAACAGCAGCAGCAGCAACAUCAGCACCGUACACACCAGCAACAACAGCAGCAUCAGCAGCGGCUGCAGCAGCGACAACAGCAGCAGCAGUGGCUACGCCAGUGCGAACCACGGCGUCCAUGGCGUGGCGGGGAUUUCCUCCACCGGAAAAGACCACCUAGCAUCAUCGGUGCGGCACAAUGCGGCGGCGGCGGCGGCCGCGGUCGGGGGUGGGAUCCCCCCUUGCGCGUUUCGACGUCGCGGGUGGUCUUCGUCUAUUCUCGCUUUUGCCGACGUCACCGGGCAGCGGCGGGCGAAAGAGGACCUUGCGCUUCGCGAACUGAUUCUGCGCCUAGCGGAAGAGUAUCCGGGGGACAUCGGCAUCAUGAUGCCGCUCCUCCUCAACUACCUGCGCAUGGGGGAGGGAGAGUCGUUCUUCAUGGCGGCUAACGAGCCCCACGCCUACCUCAAGGGAGACAUCUUGGAGGUCAUGGCCCGCUCGGACAACGUGGUUCGCGUGGCGCUCACCCCGAAGCACCGUGACGUGCCCCUGCUGUGUCAGAUCCUGACGUACAACAUGGGCGCGCCUCCCAUCGUCACGCCCAUCCAGGUAGACCAGUGUUGCUCGAGAUACACCCCCCCCAUCAAGGACUUCGAGAUGCUGGAUAUACAGGUGCCACACGGCCAGGAGUACGCCACGCCGCCAGCGCCAGUGGCGGCGCUAGCCAUAGUCAUGGCCGGUACCGGCGUUGCAUGCGCCGGAAACGGGACGCAAAGGCUUUGCCGGGGGAUGGCCUUCUUCGUGCCUGCUGAGACGACGGUCGUGUACACCAACAGUUGCGUGGCUGGCGAAGCAGCGCUGUGGGUCUGCCUGGCCAGGUCCAACAUCAACUAUCCCGAGAGCUGCGAGGAAUGUUGAUGGGGGUGAAAUUUUGACGAGAAUCGCAUCGAGGUGGUGAUUUGCACCUGCAUGCUCAACAGAUUGUGAUUUGUUGAUUAUUGGUUGUGUGAGUUGCGUUGACGUUUUCAAGGUCUUGUUGUGCUGUGGAUGAUGGCACUAGCUAGAUGUGUGGCCCGUGAAGGACCGACACCCAGGAGCUAUCGGUGCCUGGCUCGAGACUACCCCCUGGUCGUCGUUG